GGGAGCAGUGCAUUGUGGGAAACUCCCAGUCCUUGCAUCUGCAGCCGCCGGCCGUGGACCCGCGGAGAGCGCCCAACGCCGAGGUGGGAGCGCCAGGAACAGCAGCGCCCAUAUAAUGCCCAGGGGUGAGCUGUCCUGAGCCGCUGUGGUCCAGCCACCUGCCCGUCCACGCAGCCCCACACAGCCUGCCAGCACUGCCCACCAUGGAAUCCAGAGGGAAGUCAGCCAGCAGCCCCAAGCCCGACACCAAGGUGCCCCAGGCCGCUGCUGAGGCUAGAGCCCCCCCAGCUGCAGAUGGGAAAGCUCCCUCGGCUAAGCCAGCAAAGAAGGAGGCCCAAGCGGAGAAGCAGGAGCCGCCAGCGGCCCCCACCCCACCGCCUGCCAAGAAGACCCCAGCCAAGGCAGACCCCGCCCUUCUCAACAACCACAGCAACCUGAAGCCGGCCCCCGUGGCCCCCAGCAGCCCGGAUGUAACCUCUGAGCCCAAGGGCCCUGGGGAUGGGGCCGAGGAGGACGAGGCCCCCAGCGGGGGUCCAGGGGGCCGAGGCCCCUGCCCCUUCGAGAACUUGACCCCUGUGCUGGUGGCCGGGGGGGUGGCUGUGGCAGCCGCAGCCCUGAUUCUUGGUGUGGCCUUCCUGACCCGGAAAAAAUGAUGGCUCGUGCCCAGUUGUGGGCACAGCCGCUUCCUGUACAGACCUUGGGAAUCUCGUGCAUGCCAAUUCCACACACAGCUAUCUAUACAUGCGUACAUACAUAGUACAUCUACAUAUACCCCCACAUACACGCAGAGGGAGAGAGACGGACAGGGCCCCCGGCAGUGGAAACCAAGCCCCCUCGGCUGGCCCCCAGCACCUCCCCUCCCCCCCUCUGAGGC